AACCAUGACAGCGGAUACUGAACGAGACGCAUUCGGCCGACUUCCCGAGGAGCUUCGGGUUAAAAUUAUCAAACUCUCACCAGACCCUUUGUCGCUGCGGUGCUUGGCCCAUGCGUCGCCCGCUAUGGGCAGAGUGCUCGACAGAUAUCCGCUUGAAAUCGUGGAGGUCAUCCUAGAGGUUACCGUUCCCGUGGAGAUCCGUCGCCUGAUUCACGCGGUUCUCAAAUUACAGUUUUCGCGCUUUCCAGCAUCCUUGUCUGAGGCUCAAAGGGUGGCGAAAAUUGACUCAACUGCGGCCACCAGCGAAAUGCGUUCGUCCAGACUAGACCGAGCCGCCUCAGCGGUACAGUCCUUACUCACGACCGCUGCGAACGUCCAUAACUGGUCUCAUGCCUGCCUCGAACAUUUGAUACGGAAAUCAAUGCAACUAAGGCCAUCCACGCUCAUCAAAAAUGGGGCUGGCAGUACACGCUGGGAGGAAUUCGAAAACGCUGAAAGUCGAAAGGACUAUCUUCCACAGGAUACCGGCCCGCCUUCGUGGGUAGAGGAGCAGCGGAUGAUCAAAUCAUUCUGGCAACUGCAGUUCUUCCUGGAACUCCAGGGCGCCGGUCACAAGGGCCACCUGGGCACCAAUUGGCCGAGACAGGAAGUUGACGUGUUGUCCCAGAGCAGCGCGGAUGGCUUUUACGACGUGUUAAACUAUCAGCAGGAGCAGAUCUUGACCGCCUGCGAUUUUCUCGGCGCAGUCACCUCUGGGACCAUUAAUUUGGUGGAAGCUGUUCACGACAACGCUUCUAAUUUGCCAACAAUACGUUGGGUUGAAGGGGCAGUGUUGAGGUGUUCCUGUGCUGAGCCGCUCUCAUUCGAGCGCAACAAGGACACCUUCAAUCAGGGUCCAGAAAACCUCGACCGAACGCCAUGGGCGUACCACUUUCAUCAUGCUAUGUCCUCAAGCGAUAGAUGGCUUGAUGGGUCUCCGCUUACGCUUGUGUACCCCUUUCAGACCUGGCGCAAAUAUGGGUUUGCUAUAUGGGAUGACAAGCGCAUGGUUGAUCUAGGCAUGCGGCACCCGAGAAAAGCGUCAGUUAUUAGUAACUCUAUACCCUACUCUUUUCGAUGGUGGAGCAUCUUAACGGAGGAAGACAUGCGUUAGGACUUGUGUGCCAUUCAUAGUUGAGCUGUUUUUCCGCCGGGAUCAAGGUCCCGUGCGAUCGGCCCAAGAUUAAGAUAGGCAAUAGAAAGAGAUGAUUAACCGAGAGAGAGAGGGAGAGAGAGAGACGGCCUGACGUAGGGCUACCCAAUAGCAUAGCUAGGAUAUUAUGUUCUGGCAGUUCUGCCGCGAUUUGCUGCCUUUGCAGGGUUGAUCUGUUAGUUAAGGCGCUACUUUAGGCCGUCUCUCUUGCGAGUUUACACGGUACCUGCGUCGUCGAGACUCCGCAGAAGGAUUCAAUCCAUCAUCAGCAUAGUAGGCCCGAACAAAUACGAAUGCUGGCCU